AUGUCGAGCUCAGACUCUAUCUCUGAGAGCUCGUACGAGGAGAGCUCGAGCUCACCUUCGGAGCCGGCACCUCCCAGGAAGCGAGAGAAGAGGUCGAAAGCCUCGAAGAAGUCCAGAAAGGACAAGAAGAAGGGAUCGAGCAAGAGGAAGCAUGCGAAGCAUGCAAAAUCCAAAAAGUCCAAGAAGGACAAAAAGAAAAAAGACAAGAAGUCUGAGAAUGAAUCCAUUGGGAGAAAGGAGCCCGAAAAGAGCUGGCACAGGAAACGCGACAAGACGUCUGAGCAUGAAUCCCUUGGGAGAAAGGAGCCCGAAAAGAGUUGGCAAAGCUGGAAGUGGGGGAACCAAAGUUCCGGCUCAGACUGGAAGAACAAGUCCAAAGAUGACAGCUAUUGGAAGGCCGAAGAUGCCACCCGCAGCUGGAAGUCCGAAGGCGCGGCCAGCUCCAGAAACGACUCGAGACCCAAGACCCAGAUCGCCCCCCCGGAAGGGGGCAAGCGCCGAUGGGGGCAAGGGCAGGAGUCGCUCACCCAGGAUGCAUGGUCGGACUAUUGGGAGAUUGCCAGGGAAAACAACAAGGGCGACCCAUUUCGGGUACUUUGCCCGGCGGCAACCAGGGACGAAGGGGCGACCCCCACCCUUCACGUCGCGGACGAAGCGGAG